AUGGCCGACCCAGAGACCGAAGUCGUUAUCCCCGAGGACGAGACCGCUGCCGAUGAAGAGAUGGGCGAAGCCGAAGGCGACAAUGGCGCAGCCGAGACGGCACCGGGCGGAUUAGAAGACAUCGAGCCUGAGAUACCCGUGCGCACAACCUUCCUCGACUACCUGCGAUCGCCCAUCAUCGAGCUGAAAGCCGGCCAAGGCGACGAUAUCGCAAACCUCCAUGCUCACCAAGGCCUCCUCACAGCAUCGCCGUUCUUUGCGCGAGAAUGCGAGAACUUCACGGAGAACACACGCAACCGCCGCAUCGACCUGACUGGCGAGGAUCUUGCUGCGACCGCAUCCGUCAUCGAGUACCUCUACAAGGGCGACUACUUCCCCACUCUCACCGGCAACACCAACAUGGAGUACGAUGCGACUGUCCCACAGAACGACAACGACGGUGUUGGCCUUCUGCGCCAUGCCCGCGUCUACACUCUUGCUAAGAAGUUUGAGGUUCCUCAGUUGGCAGCUCUGGCGCACAGGAAGAUUCACCUCACCCAAUCCACUGCCAAGGGCGAGAUCGCAUACGCACGCUUCGUCUACAAGGAGACCAGUCCCGACGACGAGGAUAUCCGCAAGCCAGUCGCCAACUUCUGGGCCACCCGAUCGCAUGUCCUGCGUCACGAAGCCGAGCAAGAGUUCAAGAGGAUGUGUCUCGAGUUCCCACAGUUCGGUUUCGACGUUCUCAGCUUGGUGCUCGAUGCGCAGGAGAAGCGCAGUCAGAGACAAGAUGGUCAGAGCAGUGGUGGUGCGGGCAGGAAGCGACAGAGGACGAUUUUGUAA